UGGUAGAUACCAGCCUGAGAGCGCCUCGGCGAAAACGCACACCACAGCAGGCCUGAUGACCAGCGGCAGCCACAGUGCUGCGUCCCGUGGUAACGCCGCGGCAGUCAGUGGUGAGCUGUCAAACGGCAAACAAGCACUCCCGACGAACAGGGCCACCGGAGGAGUAUCAUCCGCUUGUAAAUUUAGCACCAACAACGCGAGCAACGACAUGAGCGAGUGCAGUCGGGACCGUUUGGGCCAGUGGCCAGUCGAGUCCGAUAGCGAGGUCGCCGGAGGAGUAUCCGGAUUCGGGCGGCUUCAUAACGGCCGGUUCAACAAGGGUUUGGCCUUCACCAUCGAGGAACGUCAGGCGUUGGGUCUCCAUGGUCUGCUGCCGGCCACCGUCCGUAGCGAGGAGGAGCAGGUCCAGCACUGCCUCACCCUGCUGAAUCGUUAUGAGAACGAUCUGGACAAGUACAUCUACCUGGUGGGCUUGCUGGAUCGCAAUGAGCGGCUGUUCUACCGCGUGUUGUCGUCCGAUAUCGGAAACAUGAUGCCGCUGGUCUACACCCCGACCGUGGGGCUGGCCUGCCAAAAGUAUAGCAUGAUCUACCAACAGCCCAAGGGCAUGUACAUCACCAUCAACGACAAGGGCCAUGUUUACGAUGUGCUGAAGAACUGGCCCGAAACGGACGUGCGCGCCAUCUGCGUGACCGAUGGUGAGCGUAUCCUGGGUCUGGGAGACCUGGGUGCCAACGGUAUGGGUAUUCCUGUCGGAAAGCUCGCCCUCUACACGGCUUUGGCAGGAAUCAAACCCCAUCAGUGCCUACCGGUCACUCUGGACGUGGGAACCAACACCCAAAGCAUUCUGGAUGAUCCGCUGUACGUUGGACUCCGACACAAGCGUGUCACCGGUGAGGCGUACGACGAGUUCAUCGAGGAGUUCAUGCAAGCGGCGGUUCGUCGCUUCGGCCGCAAUUGCUUGAUUCAGUUCGAGGACUUUGGCAACUCCAACGCUUUCCGGUUCUUGGACAAAUACCGCGACAACUACUGUACCUUCAACGAUGACAUCCAGGGUACGGCAUCGGUCGCCGUUGCCGGUCUACUCGCCUCGCUGCGCGUCACCAAGACAAAGCUGAGUGAAAACACGGUUCUGUUCCAAGGCGCUGGAGAAGCCGCUCUUGGCAUUGCUGAACUCUGCGUUAUGGCUAUGCGGCAGGACGGUAUGAGCGAAGCGGAUGCUCGCAAGCGAAUUUGGCUGGUAGAUAGCAAGGGUCUGAUCGUCAAGGAUCGCCCGAAGGGUGGCAUCUCCGGUCACAAGCACCGCUUUGCUCACGACCAUGCCCCGGUCGACACGUUGGCCGAAGCCGUCAAGGACAUCAAGCCAACGGUGAUCAUCGGUGCGGCUGCCAUUGCGGGAGCCUUCACACCGGAGAUCAUCCGUACCAUGGCCGACUUGAACGAGCGUCCCAUCAUCUUUGCCCUGUCCAACCCCACGAGCAAAGCCGAGUGCACGGCGGAGCAGGCCUAUGAGAACACCGACGGCCGCUGCGUGUUCGCCUCCGGUUCGCCGUUCGCGCCGGUUACGUACAAGGGAAAGACCUACUACCCAGGCCAGGGCAACAACUCGUACAUUUUCCCCGGAGUUGCGCUCGGAGUGAUCUGCGCCGGAGCAGCCACCAUCCCGGAGGAUAUCUUCCUCAUCUCCGCUCAACGUUUGGCCGAAAUCGUCACCGAGGAGGACCUCGAACGUGGCAGCUUGUACCCACCGCUGGAAACCAUCCAGGACUGUUCCAUCAAGAUUGCCGUCCGUAUUAUGGAUUAUGCCUAUAAGAAUGGCCUCGCCUGCACAAAACCGGAACCAAGUGAUAAGGAAGCAUUCAUCCGCGGUCAGAUGUAUGACCUCACUUACAGAUCGGCCUUACCGGUCAUGUACCCGUGGCCGAAGCUGUAAAUGGCGACCAGCGGAACUCGUGUCUGUUUUGUACAUUUUUGUUUCGUUUUUAACAUGUCUUUCACAGUAACAUUAUUAUAAAACGCAAAGGCAACAAAUGAUUUCAAGCGGGUUGUAGGCUUUCGUGCUUUCAGGUUUUGCAAGAAGUAAGAAUGAAAUUCUUCCUUCUUGAGAAACUGUUGCAAUUUUCUUUUCAUUUAAACCUUCAUAGGCAAUACUUUUAGCUAAAUUCUAUGCGGAAAAACUCUGCGCCUUUUAUGAGUUGCUCUAGUUUUACCUUUCUGUUUGUGCGCACCUAAAACUGUCCAUGUCGAUACUAUGAUCAAUGUGCUUGUCGGUAGGUAUUCGUAUUCUUACAUCACUCUUUCAUCAAAUAUCAUACACGUCAGAGAGAAAAAAAUGUUUAUAAAUGUAAUUUAUUCGAACCAAUAUAAUGUAAGACAAUGUUGAUUUAUAAAUAGUAUGUAUGUAUUGAUCAACAGCUAGCUGAUGUAUGGUACUACAAAUCAAUAAAAAACGUAAGUGGCUAUCAAA